UGCAGAUCGAAAAGAAUCAGUAGCAUUUGAAACUGAGACUCGUUUGUAUAUAUAGAUAAGAAGCUAUCUUCUGAUUAAUUGAACGGUUGACUUCCAACAUUCGACUCCCUUUCUCAGAAAUGUUUGGACGUGCUCUUUCGGUGGUCUUUAUCGGCUUUGCUGUAAUUAUACCAGCUCUUUCAUUACAAACCAUCAACGACAAUGUUCGUCCAAGUCAACAUCAUACCGCAUUUCAUGGUACAUCCGGCAUGACGAUUUCAUGGUCAACCCAUGCGAAAUUAGACAAGCCAACAGUAAAUUAUGGUUUAACACCUUAUACACUUUGGCAACAAGCCUCUAGUUCGGAAUCUGUCACUUAUCCAACUUCUACAACCUACCUCAACCACGUCAUCUUGAAAGAUCUCUUACCUUAUAGAACCUAUUACUACAGCGUAAGCAAUUCAUUCGCUAAUCAAACCUAUCAAUUCAAAACUGCUCGUAUCGAGGGUGAUCGUUCUUCCCAUACGGUUGCCAUGGUGGCGGACAUGGGAACAUUCGGUUCUUUAGGUUUAUCCUUUAACGAUAAAUAUCCACCUGCUUUAGCGCCAGGAGAAAUCACCACGAUUCAAAGAUUAUCAACUACCUUGGAUCAAUUUGACUUCUUAUUACAUCCAGGUGAUUUUGCUUAUUCAGAUUAUUGGUUAAAAGAAGAAUUGUUAGGUUAUUUACCUUUUGAUUUAGCGACCGGACCUCAAGUAUAUGAACAGAUCAAUGAAGAAUUUUAUACCCAAUUAGAAAACAUUACUGCCUUCAAACCAUACAUGGUAUCUGUUGGAAAUCAUGAAGCAAAUUGCGAUAAUGGUGGUACAAAAGGUUAUACCGAAAGUAUCUGCCCUGUUGGUCAAACAAACUUUACAGGUUAUAUAAACCGUUUCCGUAUGCCUUCCGAUGUUUCCAAAGGUGUAGGCAAUUUCUGGUAUAGUUAUGAUUAUGGAAUGGUUCAUUAUCUUCAUUAUACUACAGAAACAGAUUUCCCUGGCGCCCCUGAUGCAUUUGGAGGAGGCCAAGGUGAUGAUGCAGGACCAUUUGCUCCUACUGGUGCUCAAUUAGCAUGGAUCGAGCAAGAUUUGAGAUCUGUCAACCGGGAGAUUACACCUUGGGUUGUUGCUCUAGGUCAUAGACCUUGGUAUGUUGCAAGCAGUUUGUGUUAUACAUGUCAAGCUGCUUUCGAGCCAUUGUUUAACGAAUAUAAUGUCGACGUUGUUUUAUCGGGUCAUGUUCAUGCAAUGGAGAGAAACGCUCCUAUUGCCAAAAAUGUCACCGAUGAAAAUGGCUUAAACAAUCCUAAAGCACCACUUUAUUUAACAAAUGGUGCUGCAGGGCAUUUUGAAGGUUUAGAUACUCUCAACAGUCCUCUUCCAAGUUAUGUCACCUAUGCAAACAAUACCAAAUUUGGAUAUUCGUUACUCACUUUCCAUAAUAUCACCCAUAUGACCCACAACUUUAUUUCCUCUGCUUCAGGUCAAGUUUUGGAUUCAGCAACUUUGUAUAAGGAAAGAUCAUUUCCAUAUUAA